AUGGCACUAGUCUCUGGGCUCACGAUUUACUCAUCUCCAUAUGAUUCGGACGCCGAGGCGGUCGAACAAUAUGGCAGGACCUACGCACAGAUGUUAUCGGAGGAUUUCAAGAUAAAUGGAUUCGAUGAACCCAAUUUGGUCACAUCUCUCGGACAAGGACCAGACGGAGAAGCUAUACUCUUGAUAGUACCCUCGGUAUCUAUGCGACUUUACAAUAAUCACGAGGAUGCGCUCCGCCUGAUGGUAAAAAAAAUGAACAAGUUCUGCAACUCGAAAUACGCCCUUCUAGUAUGUCAAACAUGUACAACAUGGUCAGAUUACAACUCCUACAACUUCGUUAAUCAAUGGUAUGACAUGCUACCAAAGGCUUCAAAAAAAAAUCUAGUCAAGGUGUACCUUGUACACUCAGCAUACACGACCAAGACUAUGUUGGCAUGUAUGACACCUUUUGCUAAAGCAAGGGUGUGGGAAAAACUUGAGUUCGUUGACAAACUAGGAGAUUUGUUGAAACGACUCAAGCUGGACACCAAGAACAUGUUGAGGAAUUUCCCAUAUGCAGUACAACGCGCAGAAGAAGUCGCACUUGGGAUCAGUACACCACUGUCAGUAUUCGGUACUGAAAUGUGGGUACUGGCACAACGGGUUGGCAGGCCCUUCAAAGGAUUCCCAUUGAUACCGCCGGUGGUCUCCCACGUACUCUCAAGGUUGGAGGAACAUGAUGUUAUCGAUACACCAAACUUACUCAACCUACAAUGCACCGCUGAUGUUUUGUAUACUGCAGUAAGUGAUCUCGAAGAGUUCGGUGAAGGCUGUACAAUCCAAUCUGGUGAAGCGGCUGUGUCGCUAUUCAAACUUAUCAUUGACACUCAUGUGGGUGGAUUUAUAGGACCCAAGGGCUAUAUUACAUUGAAAAAUGCUAUUCUACAAGGAAAUUCUAAUGAAGAAAUCAUACAGAUGAUUGCAAAGGUCACUGGUGAAUUCCAGCCCGUUCAAAAGGACUGUAUCCUAUGUGUCAUUAAAACACUAAGGGCUAUCGCUCGGAGAGCAUCUAAAAAUAAUAUGACUGUCAGAGCAGUAUCCAAAAUCAUGGCCGGCUCAUUCUUCCGACCAUUGACGCCAGAUCCCUAUUGUUUCAGGGCAAUCCAAUCGAGCGAGAUGGUACUAGGGACAAUGAUAGAAAAACCUGAUAUAUUCUUUAAAAAACCUAAAGAAGCUCAUGAAAAGGAACAUGCUAAAACAAAGACUGUUAAAAGAACUGGAACAACACAUCAUUCGACAUCCAGUCCACAUAUCUCAAAAUCACCAUCGAUGCGAGCUAGGGAAGAGCUUCAAAGGAUCGCGCAACGCAAAGAAGCUCAACAAACUGCUGGAGAUGCCCCGGUACCGGUACGGCAAUCGCCGCCGCGACACGCUAUUGAAGAUGAUGAAUCAGAGGAAAUCACUGAAGUUGAGGAGUGA